CUUUCAACUCUUAACUUAGCAUAAACCCUCCAAACAAAACACACACUUUAUAUUUUUCAUCAUGCUUAAACCCCCUCACAACCACCAUCACAACCACCACCACCUUAUAUUCUCUCUCCUAAUUCUCUUCAUCCACCUCCCAUUCUCCAUCUCCACCACCGCCACCGCCGAUAUCGCGGCACUAAAAUCAUUAAAAACCUUCAUUAAACCAUCUUCAAUCCCUCCAUCCUCUUGCAUAUCAACUUGGGAUUUCUCCUCUGACCCAUGUUUAACCCCAAAAAGAACCCACUUCAUUUGUGGACUCACUUGUUCCCCUGACUCAACCCGAGUUAUAUCAAUAACUCUCGACUCAGUAGGCUACUCAGGUUCACUCACCCCAUACAUUUCUCAACUCACUCAACUCGUUCUCCUUGACCUCGGUCAAAACUCAUUCCAUGGCACAAUCCCUUCUUCUCUCUCAUCACUCUCUCUCCUCCAAUCACUCUCUCUCUCAUACAAUUCCUUCACUGGGCCCCUCCCUUCUUCCAUUGGUAACCUUAAAUCACUCCAAGACCUUGAUCUUUCUAAUAAUCUCUUAUCUGGGUCAAUCCCAAACACUUUAUUCUCUCUCUCUCAUUUGACCAGGCUUGACCUUAGCUUUAAUAAAUUCUCUGGUACUCUCCCUGCUAAAUUACCCCCUAACUUACACGAACUCGCGAUCAAAGCUAACUCAUUAUCUGGUACUAUCACAAAAACAUCUUUCACCGAGUUGACUCAGCUUGAAACGGUUGAACUCAGUGGUAACUCUUUUACCGGAGUUUUACAGUCGUGGUUAUUUCAAUUACCGGCGUUACAACAAAUUAACCUGUCCAAUAACAGCUUUACAGGUGUCGAGAUCUGGAGGGUGGGGAAAAAGUUGAGUUCGUUAGUAGCCGUUGAUUUGGGGUUUAAUAAAAUCGAAGGUUAUUUACCGGUUAAUUUAUCGGAGUACCCUGUUUUAGCUUCACUUUCGUUAAGGUACAACCGCUUACGUGGACCAAUCCCGUUGCAGUAUAGUAAGAAAAGUAAUUUAAAAAGAUUAUUUCUCGAUGGAAAUUACUUAAGUGGGACCCCACCUGCCGGUUUUUUCACCGGCGUUGGAGAAGAAUCUCCGGUGAUCGGAAGUUUUGGAGAUAAUUGUUUGUUGCGAUGUCCACCGAAGUCGGAGUUGUGUCUGCCUUUGCAAAAACCGAUGUCAGUGUGUAAAAAAGUUUACGGCGGAAAAAUGCCACGAAGAAAUUAAAGAGUCAAAUUUGUCGGAGGAAAAUUUAGUUAAAAUAAUGUUGUUUGAGAAUAAGUUUUUUCUACUUGCUGAGGUGGCGCGUGAGGUUACUUCUUUAGUUGGAAGAAGUGAUGAUAGCCGUUGAUGAAGUGAGGAGAGAGAUUAUGUUGAUGUUACGUGGUGACGUGGACGGUUGGGAUUUGUGUGUUUUGGAAUGGUAUAAUAAGUAAUAAUUUUGCA